AUGAUCGCUGCGGCGUUUCUAGUCCUGUUGAGGCCGUACAGUAUUCAAUGUGUGCUGCUAUUAUUGUUGCUUUUGCUCGGGACUAUUGCGACAAUUUUGUUUUUCUGCUGCUGGCAUCGCAGGCUUCGUAAUGGAAAGCAUCCAAUAAAAUCUGUUCUCUCUGGCGGGCGCUCCAAGAGUCGCGUUGGUCUCCGAACGCAUCAUUUUCGAUCAGAGGGUUUCAGGCACAGCCCACGUCACUUAAGAAGGAGCAUACAUGCCCGAGUGACAGAAGAAAAGCCCAAUCUGGUUGAGAUUCCUGAAAGUGAACCCGACUCAUCAUCAACUGUGAGAAAACGCAAAGUGAAGAAGAGAGUGCUGCCAGAGUUUUACCAGUCUGUUCAAGUCACCCCUACACGUAAAGCUAGCUCCAGCUCGGGGAACCCUUCCCUACAUUGCUCCAUGUCUUCCUCGGCGGAUAUCUCAGACGAGGAUGAUUAUAGUGUUAAAUCUGGAUCGGCAUCACCGGCACCCGGGGACACUUUACCUUGGAACCUUCCCAGACAUGAGCGGUCCAAGAGGAAAAUCCAGGGAGGAUCUGUACUGGAUCCGGCAGAGAGAGCUGUGCUUAGGAUUGCAGAUGAACGAGACAGAGUGCAGAAGAAGACCUUUACAAAAUGGAUUAACCAGCAUCUGGUAAAGGUACGGAAACAUAUAAAUGACCUGUACGAAGACUUGAGAGAUGGACAUAACCUGAUUUCACUGUUGGAGGUUCUGUCUGGAGAUACACUGCCUCGGGAAAGAGGGAGGAUGCGCUUCCACAGACUCCAGAAUGUACAAAUAGCACUGGAUUAUUUAAAGAGGCGGCAGGUCAAACUUGUAAAUAUCAGGAAUGAUGACAUUACAGACGGCAACCCAAAACUAACCCUGGGAUUGAUCUGGACCAUAAUUUUGCACUUUCAGAUUUCUGAGAUCCAUGUAACAGGGGAGUCUGAGGACAUGACAGCCAAGGAGAGACUACUGCUCUGGUCCAAGCAGAUAACAGAUGGCUAUGUGGGUGUUCGAUGUGAGAACUUUACCACUUCCUGGAGGGAUGGGAGGCUGUUUAAUGCCGUCAUUCAUAAAUACAGACCAGAUCUGAUUGACAUGAGUCGUGUUUCGGCACAGACCAACCGCUCAAAUCUGGAGCAAGCAUUUUGUGUAGCAGAACAUUUAGGGGUGGCCAGACUGCUGGACCCCGAGGAUGUUGAUGUUCAGUCUCCUGAUGAAAAAUCUGUCAUCACAUACGUCUCAACACUGUACGAUGCCUUCCCCAAAGUACCUGAUGGUGUUGAAGGAAUAAAUCCUAAUGAUGUUGAUAUAAAAUGGGUGGAGUACCAGAACAUGAUAAAAUACCUCAGCCAGUGGAUCAAACACAACGUGGCCAUGAUGUCAGAUAGAUCUUUCCCCAACAAUCCUGCAGAACUUAAGGCACUUUAUACACAAUAUCUACAGUUUAAAGAACAUGAUAUCCCACUGAAAGAAAAUGAGAAAACAAAAAUAAAAAAUCUCUACAAAAUGCUUGAGAUGUGGAUCGAGUUUGGACGUAUUCAGUUACCCUCAGGUCAUCAUCCGAAUGAUGUGGAGAAGGAAUGGGGUAAAUUAAUUGUUGCUAUGCUUGAAAGAGAGAAGAGCCUGCGGCCAGAGGUGGAGAGACUUGAGAUGUUGCAGCAGAUUGCCAACAGGGUCCAGCGGGACUGUGUUAAUGGUGAGGACAAGCUGGCACUGGCAGGAGUAGCCCUUCAAUCUGAUGCAAAACGUUUGGAGUCUGGUAUUCAGUUCCUCAAUGAAGCUGAGAUUGCUGGCUACCUUUUGGAGUGUGAGAAUAUCCUCAGACAACAAGUGGUUGACAUCCAAAUUCUUCUGGAUGGGAAAUUUCCCUUUGCAGAUCAGCUUGUUCAAAGGGUAACAAAACUCCGGGAUGACCUUUUGGCCCUGAGAGCUGAGUGCUCCUCUGUGUACAGCAAAGGUCGCACCCUGACAACAGAGCAAACCAAAAUGAUGAUCUCAGGCAUCACACAGAGCCUGAACUCUGGCUUCUCCCAGAACAUUAACACAAGCCUGACACCAGCCAUUACUCCUGCACUCACCUCAGGGGGGUUAGGUACCCCUGGGUCCACGUUCACCUCUAGCCUCACACCGUGCCUGACCCCAUCCAUGCCCACAGCCUCGACCCCCAGUCUGCAGCCUGUCUAUGUGGGGAGUAGUGGAAACAUGGAUCCAGGAAGCCUCAUGCAUUUGAAACACAUGCAGAUUCGUAAGCCGCUGCAAAAGUCCUCACUGGCUGACCCCAACAUGACAGAGGAGGAGGUCAACAUGAAAUAUGUGCAGGACCUCCUAAACUGGGUGGAAGAGAUGCAGUUGCAGCUAGAGCGUUCAGAGUGGGGAUCUGAUUUGCCAAGUGUGGAAAUACAUUUGGAGAACCACAAAAGUAUACAUAGAGCCAUUGAAGAAUUUCAGAUGAGUCUUAAAGAUGCCAAACUGAGUGAAAUUCAGAUGACCAUACCUUUGAAGCUGAAUUAUUCAGACAAACUCAACAAGCUAGAAAAUCAGUAUGAAAGGCUGUUGAGUUGUUCAAGGGAGCGGCAGAGCCAACUGGAAAACCUGCAUGACUUUGUGUCACAGGCAACGCAAGAGCUCAUCUGGCUGAAUGAAAAGGAGGAAGAGGAGGUUGCUUUUGACUGGAGUGAUCGCAACAGCAGCAUCUCCAAGAAAAGAGACUACCAUGCAGACCUGAUGAGGGAGCUGGAUGAAAAGGAGGAAACCGUCAAGUCUGUGCAGGACAAAGCAGACCGACUCAUGCUCAAGAACCACCCAGCCAGGUCGACUAUUGAAGCAUACAAAGCUGCAAUGCAGACACAGUGGAGUUGGAUUCUACAGCUCUGCUCAUGUGUAGAGCAGCAUCUGAAGGAGAACGCUGUUUACCUAGAGUUUUUCAGUGACGCCAAAGAGUCUAUGGACUACCUUAAGAGCCUGCAAGACUCAAUUCAAAGAAAAUACAGCUGCGACCGAUCCAGCAGCCUACACAGACUGGACGAUCUCAUUCAGGAGUCUAUGGAUGAAAAGGAGCAGCUUCUUCAGUACCGCAGCACUGUUGCUGGUUUAGUUGGCAGGGCCAAAAACAUUGUGCAACUCAAACCCAGGAACCCUGAAAGUCCCUUGAGAUCAUCGAUCCCUGUAAAAGCAAUCUGUGAUUAUCGUCAGAUUGAGAUUACCAUUUAUAAAGAUGAUGAGUGUGUGUUGGCCAACAACUCUCACCGAGCCAAGUGGAAAGUCAUCAACCCUGCAGGGAAUGAAGCCAUGGUGCCCUCUGUUUGCUUUACUGUGCCUCCACCCAACAAAGAGGCCAUUGACAUGGCUACAAGAACUGAGCAGCUGUACCAGAAUGUCCUGGCGCUGUGGCAUCACUCCCACAUCAACAUGAAGAGUGUAGUGUCUUGGCACUAUCUUAUGGCUGAUAUACGUGCCAUCCGCAACUGGAAUGUUGCCUCAAUAAAGACAAUGUUGCCAGGUGAGCAUCAGCAGGUCUUGAGUAACCUGCAGUCCCACUUUGAUGAGUUCCUGGAAGACAGCGAGGAGUCGGAGGUGUUCACAAUGGCAGACUGUGCACAGCUUGAGAGAGACGUGGCAGCUUGCAAGGAGUACUACCAGGAGCUGCUCAGAUCUGCAGAGAGAGAAGAACACGAGGAGUCGGUGUACAAUCAUUAUAUCUCAGAAAUACGAAACUUCCGUAUGCAUCUUGAGGCCCAUGAGGAACAUCUGAUCAGGCAAAUCCGUGCACCACUGGAGAGAGAUGACCUGGAACACAGUCUGCAGCGCAUUGCUGAGCAUGAGGAGAAGACAGCUGAGCUGGAAAAGCUGAAGGAGGAUCUGAACAUCAUGAAGGAGAAGUGUGAGCUGUUCCUCAGGCAGGCUGCAAGUUCUCCAUCUGUGCAAAUGCUCUCCUCUGAACUCUCAGUUCUUAUCCAGAGCAUGAGCCAAGUGUUUUCUAUGUCUUCCAUUUAUAUGGACAAACUAAAAACAGUGAGUUUAGUGGUGAAGCACAGUCAGAGCGCUGAGGCUCUUGUGAAGGCUUAUGAGUCCAAACUCUAUGAGGAAGAUGCCAUGAACUCUGACAUCAAAUCCAUUGAAAGUGUCGUUUCCACACUUAAGCAAUGGCGGACAGAGAUCGAUGAAAGGCAGGAGGUGUUCCAUGACAUGGAGGAUGAGCUGCAGAAAGCCCGCGCCAUCAGUGAUCGCAUGCUGAAGGCCCACAAUGAGCGAGACUUUGAUCUCGACUGGCACAAGGAGAAGGCAGAUCAGCUGAGUGAGAGAUGGCAGAACAUUCACUCACAGAUUGAUAGCAGGCUUCGGGACCUGGAUGGUAUCAGCAAAUCUCUGAAACACUACAGAGACUCCUACAGUAGUCUUGAUGAAUGGGUUCGAGAGCUGGAAACCGUGCAGCUUAAGGCCCAAGAAAACAAACCUGAAGACAGCAAAGCACUUGCUGAGCUGCUAAACAAACAGAAAGUUCUUGUUGCUGAAAUGGAACAAACACAGAACAGGAUUGAUGAGUGUCAAAAGUACUCAGAGCAGUACUCAUCUGCCAUCAAGGAUUAUGAACUUCAGCUGAUGACAUUCAGAGCAAUGGUGGACUCCCAGCACAAAUCACCGCUUAAGAAACGAAAGAUGCAGAGCUCUUCUGAUGCCAUUCAACAGGAGUUUAUGGAUCUCCGAACCCGCUACACUGCUCUGGUGACUCUCAUGACGCAAUAUGUGAAGUUUGCGAGUGAAACACUGAAGAGAACUGAAGAAGAGGAGAGAUCUGUUGAUGAGGAGAAGAGAGAGCAUGGUGAUAAAGUUAGCAAACUGUUGCACUGGAUGUCCGAUGUGAAACAGACCACGAGCAAUGACGGGCAUGCUCAGAAAGAUAGUAAUGCCAACACAGAUGCUUCAAAUAAGCCCCAGGUGUCAAUUGAGGAAAUGGUCACUAAAAAGGAGCAAAUUGCAGAAGCUCUCAGGUCCACACAAGCAAUGCUCAACAAACAUGGUGACAAGAUAACAGAAGAGGAAAGAGAGAAAAUCCACGAGCAGCUGAAAGCUCUCAGUCAGGCUUACAGUGAACUCACCCAUCAGUGUUCAGAUCAGACAACCUCUGCAGAUGAGUCUUUAUUGGAGAGACACAAAGAGUUUUCCGAGAAGCUGGAGGAAGUGUGUGACAAUCUCACCCUGACAGAGAACCGACUGAUUGGUCAUCAGCAGCAAGUAGGAAACUCUGACAGUGUCACAGACCUGCAGCAGUUUCAGCAGGAACAUCAGGCUUUGCAAAAAGAUGUACAGACAAAUGCCAGUGCCUUAAAUGAGGUGAUCACCAAUACUAAAAAGUUUCUGGAGGAGAACCGCAGCAAGCUGUCACCAGAUCAGAUUGCCAUGAUCGAGAGCAAGUUAGAAGAAGCUAAAAGCAAAGCCAAGCUCAUCAACCAACGGGCAGAGGAGUCCAGGAAAGAUUUGGAGAAGGUUGUUACAACAGCCAUAAAACAGGAGAGCGAAAAGGCAGCAGCUGUUGAACGACUUGAAGAAAGUAAGAACAAAAUCGAAGGUCUUUUGGACUGGAUUUCCAACAUAGGGAAUGAAAACAACAGCUGUCUGGAUCAAACUGACCAUAUAAGUAAAGCGAAUGGAAACCUGCCAGAGGAAACCUCUGCCAAGGGACUGACAGGAGAGGAUGAUGAUGCCAAUGGAAAUGCUUUGCAGAUCUCCGAAAAUGAUGUUAGCAUGGAGACCAGAGGCAAGAAUGACGUUUCUCUGGGCCUUGAUAAGCAGUAUGACAAGAUCAAGGCUCACCAUCAGGAGAUUCUGUCCCAGCAGCAGGAUCUGAUCAUGGCCACCCAGUCAGCUCAGGCCCUGCUUCACAAACAAGCUAAUGUCUUGUCUCCAGAUGAGCAGGAGAACCUUCAGAAGAACAUCCAAGAUCUGAAGGAGCGCUACGAGACCUCACUGACUCAGGCUGAACAGCAGAUGAAGCACCUGCAAUGUGUUCAGGAGGAGCUGAAGAAAUUUCAGGACGACUGUGAGGAGUUUGAAGGCUGGUUAAAGCAGGCCGAAGGAGAGAUGGAGAAGCUGGGUUCUCCUGAGGGCUCCCUCAAUAUUUUGAGUGACAAACUUCAGCACCAGAAAAGCUUCUCAGAGGAUGUGAUUUCUCACAAAGGGGACCUUCGCUUUAUCACUAUAUCAGGACAGAAAGUGCUGGAUGUGGCUAAGGCCUGUGGGAUGGCUGACCCUGCAGCAAAGAAUGCCCUUCUAGAGGUUGAUACUUCAGGGACAUGUUCUGCUGUCAAAGGAAAACUGGAUUCAGCAGCCAGCCGCUACAAAACACUACAUUCACAGUGCAACCUGCUUGGCAACAACCUCAGAGAAGUGGUUGACAAAUACAAAAAGUAUGAUGACUCAAGCUGUGGUCUUUUGAAGUGGCUCAACAGCUCUGAGGAGGAGGCGAGAAAGCAGCAGGCAGAAGCCAUUGCAGCUGACCCGCAAACACUACAGAAACAGCUGGAGGAGACCAAGACUUUACAAGGUCAGAUGAUGGGACAUCAGGUGGCAGUUGACAUGUUACGUAAAACAGCUGAGUCGCUAGUAACAUCUGAAGGAAACCUGCUGAGCAACCCUGAUGAGAUCCAGGAGACAGUAGAUGACAUUGUGGAGCGAUAUGACAACCUGUCCAAGUCUGUGAGUGAUCGAAAUGAGAAGCUGCAGAUCACCCUGACUCGCUCUAUGAGUGUCCAGGAUGGUUUGGAUGAGAUGAUGGGAUGGAUGGAGGGAGUGGAAACCAGUGUGAAAAAGAAAGAGCAAAUCCCCCUGGACUCUGCUUCUGUUGGAGAUAUCCUCAGCAAAGAAGCAGCAUUAGAGCAGGACAUAGCAAGUCGCCAGAGCAGCAUCUUAGCCAUGAAAGCCAAGGUGAUGAAGUUUGUGGAGACAGCAGAUCCCUCCACAGCCGUGCUUCUGCAGAAUAAGAUGGAUGCUCUCUCGCAGCGCUUCUCUGACGCCUGUGAUAAGCAUAAGCAAAAAGUAUCCCAGCUAGAGCAACUGAAAGAAAAAGUUGAACAGUUUGAGAAUUUGGUAGAUAAAGUCCAGCAGUUUGCUGUGAAACGUUCACAAGAUCUGCAUGAAACAGAUGGACCUGGGAAAACCUUUAAUGAACUUUCUCAGCUAAUGCAGAACACAAAAGAAGAGAUGGCUGAAUAUUCCAGCGAUAUGGAGAAGCUGCAGGCUCUUUCCAAAGAGCUGUCUGAAUUAAGCCCUGAUGGAAACAAAGCCCAGCUUCAGAGCAAGAUGGACAAUGUCGCAAAUAUUUUCAACACAUUCAAAGAUACAGUCAAAGAAAAGGCAGAGGAGCUAUCAUCCUGUCAGGACCAGCUGGGAGAGUUCAGAUCUGCAGUCAGUGCUCUUACAAAGUGGCUGGAGGAGACCAAUGCAAAAGUACCUGCAGCUCCGCCAAGCAGCUGUGAGAAGAAUCUGGAGAAGGACCUGCAAAUUGUCACUGGGUUAUUAGAUGAAUGGACAGCCAAAGGCCCUGCUGUCCAAGACCUGACCAGUAAAGGAUCAGCACUGUGCAGCCUGAUGACUUUCCUCACAUCCCCUGCCAAGACUAAGACCUCUAACAAGUCAGCUCUUACUAAUGGUGGUGGUCCAGCAAGCCAUACCUACCUAACCAAUAAAGAGCUGAUGGGAAUUCAGCAGAACACGUCAUUCAUCAGUGAGGGAUACACAAACCUUGGUGAAACACUGAAGAGUCGAUCAGACCAGCUGACUGGUUUGCUACAGGAGGUGAAAGAUGCCCGAAAGGAGACAGAGGACAUGAUGUCAUGUCUAAGGGACAUGAAAAAGACUGCAGCAUCCUGGAAAAAUGCAACCACUGAAAAGGAUUCUGUCAAAUCACAGCUUGAACAACAGAAGGCAUUUGAAGAUGGGAUGAAGCAGAAGCAGGAGCAACUCCAGAAACUCAGAGAGAAGCUUCUGGCCUUGAUCACAGCCCAUCCAAACUCCCCCGAGGCAGCGGAAUGGAAGCAGAUGCUGGCAGAAAUAGAUGCUGCUUGGGGAGAAAUCAGCGGCUAUGUAGAAGAGAGGAAGCAGCACCUGGAACAGUCCAACAAGAAUCUGGACAUCUUCCAAACUACUGAGCAGCAACUUGGACAGUGGCUCUCAGAGAAGGAGCUGAUGAUGAGUGUCCUUGGACCCCUCUCUAUAGACCCAAACAUGCUUAAAAUGCAGAAGCAACAAGUUCAGAUCCUCCAGAAUGAAUUCAAGAGCCGCAAACCUCAAUAUGAGCAACUUCAGGAAGCAGCUUCAGCCAUCCUGAGCUCAUCGGCCAACCAGGAGCCAUCAAACGGGAAGUUGGUGAGGGAGCAGCUUGCUGCUGUCACUCAGAAGUGGCAAGGCCUCACAGGACAGCUGGAUCAGCGAGACAGCCUCAUCGGCCAGGCGGUGGUGAAGACAGCACAGUUUCAGGAGUUACUGAGGAGCCUCAGUAACACUGCCACUCAGCUGGAGAAUCAACUCACCAACCAUCACUCCAACAGCACACAGCCUGAUGCUGUGAAAAAACAGUUGGAAAAUGCCCAAAACAUCUCAGCUCAGCUUAGAGAAGAAAGGAAGAAGUUGAAAGAGGCUGAGGCCAUCAACGCAGAGCUCCUAGCCAUGGUGACUGAGGACUAUCUUAAAGCAGACCUAGUCAGGCAGCUGGAGAGUGUCAGCAAGCCUUUUAAACAGCUGGAAGAGAAAGCAGCAAAACGUAUCGAGCAGUUAAACUCAACCUUUGCCAGCUCUCAGCAGUUCCAUCAGACCUCCAAAGACUUCCAAUCAUGGCUGGGCGAGAAGCUCCAGGAACAGUCUAAGCCCCUGCCCAUCUCUGCCAAGGUGGACCUUCUGCAGCAAUCCCUGGAGGAACACAGUAAACUCCAGAAGACUCUUAAGGAUCAUGAGGAAGCUUACAAUACAAUCAUUGGAGAAGGAGAGAUGCUUCUGCACAGCACUGAUGGUGCAGAAAAGCUGGCCUUACAGGGACAGCUCACUACCCUCUCUUCUAACUGGGAGGAAGUUAAGAGAAGCUCCAUAGAGCAGGCUGACAAACUUCAAGCUGCUCUGCUUAGAUCUCAAAAGUAUCAGGAGCAUGCAGAGAAGCUGAGCUCUUGGAUUCAAGAUUGUGAAGCUAGUGAAGGCCGAAUCAAACUCACCACUGAUUCUGUUGCCGUGGAAAGCUCCAUUUCUCAAGUGAAAGCCCUCCAGAAGGAUGUCGACAAGCACAGAGGUCUGGUGGGGCAGCUUAACACAGCUACAGAAAACCUUCUCGAGGUAGCCAACAUGGACACAGAAGCUAUAAAAGAAGAGAAAGAUAACAUUGGUAAAAGGGUGGACAAAUUAGUUGAGGGUCUUCAAAGCAAAAGGGAAUCCCUGGAGAAGAUCUCACACACUAUUAAAGAAUUUAAUGAUGCCUACAAAGACGCAAAGAGUCAGCUUGAAGGGGCUAAAAAGCAGGUGGAUUCAUAUGAAUCACUGGGAGUCCAGGGACACAGUAACAAGAACUUAACCAACAUUAAAGCCCAACAUAAGAGUUUAGAAGGUGUGCAGAACCAAGUAGAUCACAUGAAGACUUUGGCCAAGGACCUUGUUGUUGAUGUCCCAGAUGCUGAAGGAGUGACAGACCUUUUGCUGCAGACAGACAGCAUAGAAAAGGACUAUGACACCCUAAACAAGAAACUAGAGGACGCAUGUCAAGUAUUAGAGAGCAAACUGCAAGGCAUCGGACAGUUCCAAAACAAAAUACGCGAGAUGUUUACUGAUUUCACAGAGCUGGAUGACGAACUGGACAGCAUGUCUCCAGUCAAUCUGGAUUUGGCAACCCUUAAAGAACAGCAGGACAGCAUUCAGAGUUUUGUAGCUAAGCUGCGAGAGCUGAUGGCUAACACAGCCAAUGCUGGUGACAGCUGUAAGAAGAUGCUGGAGACUGAAUCGUCACCUGACUUGUUGGGUCUGAAGCGAGACCUGGAUGCUUUGAGUAAGCAGUGCGGCAAACUCUUAGACAGAGCCAAGGGAAGAGAGGUCCAGGUGCAGAAUACUCUUACCAAGCUGGAGGAGCUGUAUGGCAAACUCCAUCAAGUGGAAGAUAAAGUUUGCAGAGCUGAGGACAAGGAAGCAUCUCAGGAGGCAGUUGGCAUGGAGACGGACGUGAUCAACCAACAGCUGGAGGCAUUUAAGGCUUUCCAGAAAAACGACAUUGACCCAUUGCAGACACAGCUUCAUGACAUCAACUCGCUCGGGCAGGGCCUCAUUCAGAGUGCUGCUAAAGGCACCAGCACCAAGAAGCUCGAGGAUGACCUGGAGGGCGUCAACUCAAAGUGGAAUACCCUCAACAAAAAGAUUGCUGAGCGUUCAGCGCAGCUGCACGAAGCCCUGUUGCAUUGUGGGAGGUUCCAGGAUGCUUUCGAGUCGCUUCUCAGCUGGUUGACUGAUACAGAGGAGCUUGUGGCCAAUCAAAAGCCUCCUUCUGCAGAGUUCAAAGUGGUGAAAGCACAGAUACAAGAGCAAAAACUCUUACAGAGGCUGCUGGACGACAGAAAGCCGACCGUGGAGCUAAUAAAGAAGGAGGGAGGGAAGGUUGCAGAACUGGCGGAGUCUGUGGAUAAGGAGAAGGUUGCAAAAGAAAUAAAAUGCCUGGGGCAGAGGUGGGACACUCUGCUCAAGAAAGCUGAAAAUAGGCACAAGCAACUGGAGAGCAUCUUAGUGGUGACUCAGCAGUUCCACGAGACUUUGGAGCCACUCAGUGAAUGGCUUGCAGUCACAGACAAACACCUUGCCAACUCUGAGCCAAUUGGCACUGAGACAUGCAAGCUAAAGGAGCAAAUCUCACAGCAUAAGGCCUUAGAGGAGGAGAUUAUGAAUCACAGUAAAGACCUAUUUCAGACCGUCAGUUUGGGUCAAAUCCUGAAAUCUGUGAGCUCAGCGGAUGAGAAGGAGUUUGUUCAGUCCAAACUGGACACUGUGCAGGGCAGUUACAUUGAGCUCCAGGAGCGAUGCAGGAGGAAAGCUGACAUGCUGCAGCAGGCUCUUGCAAAUGCUCAACUGUUUGGAGAGGAUGAAGUGGCCCUCAUGAACUGGCUCAACGAGGUGCACUCCAGACUGAGUGAAGUGUCUGUGGAGGACUACAAAAUAGAUGUUCUUGAGAAGCAGCUGACAGAACAACGGAAACUACAAAGUGAUAUUGAGCUGAGGAAGAAGAAUGUUGACCAAGCCAUCUCUAAUGGGAUGGAGCUACUGAAGCAAACAACAGGUGAUGAGGUGGUUGUUAUCCAAGGCAAGUUGGAUGGAAUUAAAACAAAGUAUGCUCAGAUAAAUUCAAUGAGCGGCAGUGUUUUGAAGACUUUGGAGCAGGUUUUGAGUCUCUCCUCAAAGCUGCAGCAUUCUCAUGAAGACCUGAGUUCCUGGCUUGAGAAAGCAGAGGCUGAGAUUAAGAUUUUUGCUGAUCAGGAGCCAGUAGACGAGCAGCAGCUUCAUUCACAAAACAGUCGGAAGACCUUGCUGAAAGAGACUAAAGAACAAAAGCCUGUGUUGGACAAGAUAAAUGAGCUGAGCAGUUCACUCCUGGACCUGAUCCCCUGGCACACACGGGAGGGUUUGGACAAGCUGGUAACUGAGGAUAAUGAGCGGUACAGAACCGUCUGGGACACUAUCACCCAGCAGGUCGACCAGAUCAACGCUGACAUUCUCAAGUCGCAGCAGUUUGAGCAGGCUGCAGACUCUGAGCUUUCCUGGCUGACUGAAGCUAAGGGGAAGCUGCUUUCUAUGGGUGAGAUCAGGCUGGAGCAGGACCAAACCGUAGCCCAGCUCCAAGCACAAAAGAUUUUCUCCAUGGACAUCAUGAGACACAAAGAUGCAGUGGAUGAAAUUGCGAAAACGGGAAAAACCAUCAUGAGCAGCAAAAACCCAGAAGAGAAAGAAGUCUUGAAGGCCAAGAUCCAGACUCUGUUGGAGAAGUAUGGCAUCGUCAGUCAGCUGAAUUCAGAGCGCUGCUUGCAGUUGGAGCGAGCCCAGUCUAUGGCCACGCAGUUCUGGGAGACUUAUGAGGAGUUGUGGCCGUGGCUUCAGGAGACCAUAAGUACCUUCAGUCAGCUGCCUGCUCCUGCAAUCGAGUAUGAAACGCUCAGGCAGCAGCAAGAGGAGCUCAGGCAAAUGCGAGAACUUAUUGCCGAGCACAAGCCCCAUAUUGACAAGAUGAAUAAGACGGGGCCUCAGUUACUUGAACUCAGUCCAGUGGAGGGGGUCCCCAUCAGAGAGAAAUACACAGUUACCGACCAACUGUACACCAAACUCAAGGCUGAUGUUAAGCAGAGAGCUGCAACUUUGGAUGAAGCUAUUUCCAAAUCCACACAGUUUCAUGAUAAAAUUGACCCCAUGCUGGAGUCUCUGGAACGUAUCGCUGAACGCCUUCGUCAGCCUCCAUCCAUCUCAGUGGAAGUGGACAAGAUCAAGGAACAGAUAACUGAAAACAAGGCCGUCUCUGUGGAUUUGGAGAAGCUACAGCCCUCUUAUGAGACGCUGAAGCAACGAGGGGAAGAGAUGAUUGCUCGGUCGGAAGGAGUAGACAAGGACAUCUCUGCCAAAGCUGUAAAAGACAAGCUGGACCACAUGGUGUUCCUGUGGCACGACAUCCAGGCCUUGCUGGAGGAGCGGGAGGCGAAGCUGCUGGAUGUGAUGGACCUGGCGGACAAGUUCUGGUGCGACCAUUGUGCUCUCAUCGCCACCAUCAAAGACAGCCAAGACCUGCUGAAGGAGUUGGAGGAACCCGGAGUCGACCCCUCUGUCGUCAAGCAGCAGCAGGAGUUUGUGGAGGGAUUUAAGGAGGAGAUUGAUGGGCUGCAGGAGGAACUUGAUGUGGUUCAAAAUCAGGGUGCAGAACUCAUGACUGCCUGCGGGGAACCUGAUAAACCUGUGAUCAAGAAAAGUCUUGAUGAGGUGAAUUCUGCUUGGGAAAACCUUAAUAAGACUUGGAAGGAAAGAGUAGAGAGGCUGGAAGAAGCCAUGCAGGCUGCUGUGCAGUUUCAAGAUGGCCUGCAGGGUAUGUUCGACUGGGUGGAUAUUCUGGAGAGCAAACUGGAUUCAAUGUCUCCUGUUGGUACAGACCUGGAGACUGUCAAGCAGCAGAUUGUAGAGCUCAAGGAGUUCAAAGGAGAGGCGUACCAGCUCCAGAUUGAGAUGGAGCGUCUGAACCACCAAGCAGGCCUCCUGCUGAAGAAGGUGACGGAGGAGGCUGAUCGCUGCGCCAUCCAGGAGCCAAUGUCUGAGCUCAAGAUGCUGUGGAAAAACCUUGAUGAGAAGAUCAUCGGCCGGCAGCACAAACUAGAGGGUGGACUUCUGGCUCUGGGCCAGUUCCAGCAUGCACUGGAUGAGCUGCUGGCCUGGAUGAGCCACACCGAGGGGCUGCUUGACGAACAGAAAAAAGCUGCAGGAGACCCCAAAGCCAUCGAGAUAGAACUUGCCAAGCACAACGUCCUCCAGAUAGACGUGUUGGCUCACAAGGCAACAGUGGAAACUGUGAACAAAGCUGGUAAUGAACUGGUUGAGUCAAGUGCUGGAGAGGAAGCUUCUAGUCUGCAGAGCAAACUGGAGAAUCUGAAUCUGAGGUGGAAAGCUAUCCUUGAGAAGACAGAGCAGAGGAAGCAACAGCUGGAAGCUUCCCUGCUUCAGGCCCAAGGUUUCCAUGGUGAGAUAGAAGAUAUGCAGCAAUGGCUGAAAGACACAGAACGUCAGCUGUUGGCAUCAAAGGCUGUGGGAGGCUUACCAGACACGGCCCGGGAGCAGCUUAACGCCCAUCUGGAGUUGUGUUCUGCCUUUGAGGCCAAGGAGGAGCUAUAUCAGGAGCUGCUGAACAAGGGUCACCAGCUGCUCGCAAUGACGCCCGAUGGCCCAGACAGCAACACAGAGCAGGACCUCACCAACCUGAAGGAGAAAUGGGAAGCCGUGCAGGCAAAGGUCACUGACAGAAAGGCGAAACUUGAAGAGGCGUUAACACUAGCCACAGAUUUCCACAACUCUCUGCAAGACUUCAUCGUCUGGCUAACCCAAGCUGAGCAGACGCUGAACAUGGUUUCGCCUGCUUCCCUCAUACUGGAGACCAUCAUGUUUCAGAUUGAUGAGCAUAAGAUGUUUGUGACAGAGGUGAACUCCCACAGAGAGCACAUUAUUGAACUGGAUAAGACCGGAACACAUCUGAAGUACUUCAGCCAGAAACAGGAUGUGGUGCUGAUCAAGAACCUGCUGCUCAGCGUACAGGGCCGCUGGGAGAAGCUGGUGCAGAGAUCUGUGGAGCGAGGUCGUCUGCUGGAUGAUGCCAGAAAGCGGGCCAAGCAGUUUCAUGAAACCUUUAAUAAACUGAUGGAGUGGUUGGAUGAGUCUGAGAAGAGUCUGGACUCUGAAGUGGAAAUUGCCAAUGAUCCAGAUAAAAUCAAGAUGCAGCUGGUGCAGCAUAAGGAGUUCCAAAAAGCUUUGGGUGGCAAACACUCAGUGUACGACACCACUUCUCGAACAGGGCGUGCCUUGAAAGAUAAAACCUCCCUUCAGGAUGAUAAUCAGAAACUGGACGACAUGCUGAGUGAGCUGCGGGACAAAUGGGACACUGUCUGUGGCAAGUCGAUAGAAAGACAAAACAAGCUGGAGGAGGCCCUGCUGUUCUCAGGACAGUUUACAGACGCCCUCCAGGCUCUCAUUGACUGGCUGUACAGAGUGGAGCCUCAACUGGCUGAGGACCAGCCUGUACAUGGAGACAUAGAUCUGGUUCUCAACCUAAUAGACAACCACAAGGUCUUCCAGAAGGAGCUGGGAAAGAGGACGGUGAGUGUUCAGGCUCUCAAGCGUUCGGCGAGGGAGCUGAUCGAGAGCAGCCAUGAUGACUCCUCCUGGGUUAAAGUCCAGAUGCAGGAGCUGGGCACUCGCUGGGAGACGGUGUGCAACCUCUCAGUUUCAAAGCAGGCCCGGCUGGAGCAGGCCCUGUGCCAGGCUGAGGAGUUCCACUCUACCGUUCACAUCCUGCUGGAGUGGCUGGCUGAGGCCGAGCAGAGUUUGCGUUUUCAUGGCAGCCUGCCGGAUGAUGAGGAGGCUCUGCGGGCACUUAUUGAACAACACAAGGAGUUCAUGAAAAAGCUGGAGGAAAAGCGAGUGUCUCUGACUAAAGCAACCAGCAUGGGGGAGGCCAUUCUCAGCAUUUGCCAUCCAGACUCCAUCACAACCAUCAAGCACUGGAAUACUAUCAUUAAAGCCCGUUUUGAAGAGGUGCAAGCAUGGGCCAGGCAGCAUCAACAGAGACUGGCCACAGCCCUCACUGAGCUGUUAGCCACUCAUGAGCUGCUGGAAAAUCUUCUGACCUGGCUACAGUGGGCUGAAACCAACCUCAACGAUAAGGACAAGGAGUCGCUGCCUCAGGAGAUCGAAGAGACCAAAAGCCUAAUUGCAGAACAUCAGGCGUUUAUGGAGGAAAUGACCAGGAAGCAACCAGAUGUUGACAAAAUCACCAAAACACACAAAAGGAAAGCUGCUGUGGAGCCUCAAAUCCAGUCUCAGAUCCCUGUACUGGACAAAGGAAGAACUGGAAGAAAACGCUCUCCCACACAAACGAUGUACGCUUCAACAACACAAGCUCCCAUUGAAACCAAGAACCCACGGGUUAACCUGCUAGUUACUAAGUGGCAGCACGUGUGGCUGCUGGCUUUGGACAGAAGGAGGAAACUCAAUGAUGCUUUGGACAGACUGGAGGAGUUAAAGGAGUUUGCCAACUUUGACUUUGAUGUGUGGCGGAAGCGCUACAUGCGCUGGAUGAACCACAAAAAAUCCCGUGUCAUGGAUUUCUUCCGUCGCAUUGACAAAGAUCAAGAUGGCAAGGUGACCCGGCAGGAGUUCAUUGAGGGAAUUCUCUCCUCAAAGUUUCCUACUAGUCGCUUGGAGAUGAGUGCCGUAGCUGACAUAUUUGACAGAGAUGGUGAUGGCUACAUUGAUUACUACGAGUUUGUGGCAGCUCUUCAUCCGAACAAAGACGCCUACAAGCCACUAACAGAUGCAGACAAGAUUGAAGAUGAGGUUACACGUCAAGUGGCAAAAUGCAAAUGUCCAAAACGAUUCCAAGUGGAGCAAAUUGGAGCAAACAAAUACAGAUUCUACCUUGGAAACCAGUUUGGUCUGGUUCACUGCUUACAUGACUCCUUAAUCGGCGAUGAGACAAUAGCAAACAGGGAAAAUCAAAAUCUUACGCCUCACCUACACGUUGCAGUUUUGGAAAGCUGUAUUCUGUUCGGAGACUCUCAGCAACUGCGCCUUGUGAGAAUUUUACGUAGCACGGUGAUGGUGCGGGUGGGAGGAGGCUGGAUGGCUCUGGAUGAGUUCCUGGUGAAAAAUGACCCCUGUCGAGUUCAUCACCACGGGAGCAAAAUGUUGCGCUCGGAAUCAAACUCUUCAAUUACUCAGUCUCCUAUAGCUAAAGGCAGGACCAACAUGGAGCUGCGUGAAAAGUUCAUCCUCCCAGAGGGAACCACGCAAGUGAUGGCCAGCUUCCGAUACAGAGGCCGAAGAUCUCGGCCAUCAUCUAGAGGAGCUUCUCCCAAUAGAUCCACCUCCAGUCAGAGCUGCCCAGUCCCAUCAAACCCAACAGUGACCAGCGCACCCAAGACUCCCCAACAAAUAACCCGCAAUUAUGAUAAGCCAUGGCUUACAAACAGCAAAACCUCUACUCCUCUUAAACCAUCAGACUCCUUUGGGAGCCAAGGUUCACCUUCAGAGAACACAGCAGUGCAAGGCAGCAAACUGCGCCUUCCUGGCUACUUAUCUGGCAAAGGGUUUCAGUCAGGUGAGGAGGGAACCUUGAUCAACGCUGCUGUACUGAAAGCUCGAACACAGAUGAUUGGUGAGUCGAGAAAAAAUUCCAGCCGACCGGGAAGUAAAGCCGGAAGCAGAGGGAGCAGUCGCAGAGGAAGCGACGCCUCCGACUUUGACAUCUCAGACAUCCAGUCUGUGUGCUCAGAUGCCUCCGAGACAGUUGGCGAACCCACUCGAGUGACACCACGCUCUGCUUCCCGCCAACACGGAGGAAAACCCUCCAAGAUCCCAACUCCUCAAAGAAGAACCACUCCCACUAGCAAACUAGCCAAGGGAUCCAAGCGAUAGUCAGUGGCCUUGAAAACAAAGAACCCAGAAGCUAGUUGCACCUGAAACACACCUUAGACACUGGAGUUGUCUAACUUAAGAGACUGCAAAUAUGUUUAGUGUUAUUUAAAUUGUUGCAAAAGAUGUAAAAUAUUCUGUUAAAAGGCAAUAUGGUUAAAUAUGAUGUGAGGAUGGAACGUUGAUGGCCUUGUGUAUUUGUUUUUAAUGUAUUUAAUUUUUUGUGAAAAUGUCAAAUUGUUUUGUAUUGUACUUUAUUUUAUUUAUGCAAAUCCUGUAGAGGUUUGAUGGACACUAAAAUAUCUGGGAAUAUCCAUGAUGAAUGGUUAAUUAACAUUUCUUCACACUAAUGAAGGGCAAAUGCAGGAUAGCACUCUGAGAGUUACUGAAUGUACUGUAAUUAAUUUAUGCUUAUGUUUGGAGUACAUGGUCCGUUAUGGUACCAUUCAAAGCACUGCAAUUAUCUAUUUAAGUGCUAUGUUAUACUGCCAACUUGCAUUUAAAGGGCAAUGCAAUAUACCACAAUAAACCCAAGUAAGCGCUGCAGAAACCUUUGAAAUCCCUGUUUAAAAGAAGUAGCAGAAACCUUGUAAUCACAAAGCUUUUGAGUCCUGUUUGUCAGCCGCUGCAGCCCCUGUUUUUGUUUCACCACUUUACAGCGACGCGUGCAUUGGCUUUGAAGAGAUCCCACUCCAUGUUGCCAUUCUCUGUGCAUUCAUGUCAAUGUAUGGUUAAUUUCGGUAGAGCUGAAAUUGUAACAUUACUUUGUAAUAAACCUGCUUGCAGAAAACCACCAGAGACUGGUGGGGACUACCA